GACGUGACUUUGGCCACUUCCGCGGCAGCCCCCUCAAAAAUGUCGGUUUUUUUGACUUGCCGUUUGAAAAAUUCAAUUGGGCGAAAGAAAUUCUUCAAUUUCAGUAGUGAUAUUGUACGCCAAUUGUCUCAACAAGUGAAGCAAAAUGAGUCGUUUGUGCCCUUUAUGGACGUUAUAAAAUUUCGGCGAGAGGAGGCCAGACGCAGUAUUUUAGUGCAAGUCCAAUCGGCUCAGUCCUUUAAAGAACUCCACUCGUAUUGCAAUUCUGUGGGGAAUGUUAGGCAAAUGUUGCACUACACAGUUGGGGUUGAACCACUGAAUUUCAUUGUGGUGGAAUUUGCAUCCGAAAAGGACGUAACCAAUGUUCUUGAGCGCAGUUCUUAUCUGGAAGACAGUCAAGUGGUUCCAGUCCAGUCACAAUUUUUGUGGUUUAGGGCUUCAAAUCGUAAAUUACCAAAAUUAAAGCAGUCCAAAAGUGCCAUUUUAAGCAUUGAAAAUGGUAAUCAGUGUGUGACACCUUCUGAAAUAGUGAAUUUGUUGAGCAAAUGUGAUUCAGUGUCUGAGCAAAUGAAUGUUCUUUACAAUUCAACCAAAUUGAACGAUCUUGGGACGAGAUUACGUUUUUUAACUGCAAGACAAGUCGAAAAUGCUGUUAGGGGGAUGUUUCCAAAGGCUAAGGCUUAUCCAUUUGGCUCCUCGGUCAAUGGGUAUGGAAAAAUGGGUUGUGACCUAGACCUAGUCUUACGAUUAUGUGACGAUAAAGUAAAAAAUGAUGCCAGAUUAAUGUUUCACUGUAAGGGUUUAGUAGGGAGUGAAAGAACCGCUUCACAACGAAAUAUGGAAGCAAUCGGUGAUUUAUUGCAGUUAUUUUUGCCAGGGUGUUCACAAGUCCGCCGAAUAUUGCAAGCCAGAGUCCCUAUAAUAAAAUAUUACCAGCAACUGACUGACGUUGAGUGUGAUCUUUCAAUGGCAAACAUGUCUGGAGUCCACAUGUCCGACUUCCUGUACAUCAUGGGGUCCCUCGACGCGCGCAUUCGCCCCCUUGUUUUCACAAUUCGCAAAUGGGCCUCCGAGAUCGGCUUAACAAACUCAAGCCCCGGUCGUUGGAUCACAAACUUCUCCCUAACUCUGCUAGUCCUCGCAUUUUUGCAAAAACCGAUCAAUUCCAAACCAAUUCUUCCAUCACUGAACACUUUAGUCAAACUGGCCGAACCCAAAGACUCUUACAUGACUGAAGAUGGAAUAAAUUGCACUUUCCUUCGAGACAUUACAAAGCUCAAAACCCCGACCGAAAAUAAGGAAAGUUUGGAAACACUUCUUGUUGAGUUUUUCGAAUUUUAUUCGCAGUUUGAUUUCGCGUCGAAAGCUUUGUGUUUGAAUGAAUCGGUCGCGAUAACAAAACCCGAACAUUGCGCUCUGUAUAUUGUGAAUCCGUUAGAAAGGGGGCUCAAUGUUAGUAAAAAUGUCAGUAUGGAAGAACUGGACCGGUUUCGAGUUGAGGCGAGAAACGCUGCUUGGAUUUUAGAAUCACAGGAGAACAAGAAUGAAAAUUGGGGCAUUUUAUCAAUUUUCGAAAAUAAACGCAAGGCUAGCAGUGUUGUGAAUUUCGCAUUUGCAAAUAAACACGGAAGGUUGGUGGAAGUGAGCACUUUAUUUGAGGAAAAUACCGACAAACCUGUUGAGUAUAAAAACGCCUCUGUGAAGAAACAAGUGGAGAACAUAAAAAACGACACGAAAAAUAAACUGAAAGAACUACAAAAAACAAACAGGUGACUUUGUAACAAUGUAUUUAAGUAUUAUGUAUACAUUUUGUAAUUAAAAUUUUUGAAGUAA